GCUCCUUGUCAUCUGUGCAUCUCGGUUUUCCUGUCAGUUUGUUAAUAAUAUUUUGGUGGACUAAUUUUUGCCGCUUGCGAGUGAUCUUCGGCAUGUAAAGUAGUUUUAAAUAUAUUUGGUUCGUGCUCGAAUCUUGGAAAAGAAACGCAAUUCCGAAAUGGCUGCUGCGUGCAUCAGUUUUCGAUGGCUGGAACUGCUGGAAAAAGAGUUCGACAAGGCCUACGUUGACCUGGACGUCACCCUUGCUGUAAUGGAGACGGAAGACUCCGAGUGCUUGUACAACGCCAGGCAAAGGAUGUCAACAUUGAGCUCCUGCUUUGCCCAGUUGACACACAAAGCUCAGACAAUUUUUCAAAACAGUGCUAAAGUAGAGGCAGAACUGGUCCAUCUAAGAACAGAACUCGCGCAAGCAAGAGUGAAAAAUUCGACUCUCGAGGGCGAAUUGCACCGGACCUUGCUGCAGCUACACGCGAAGCAGCUUCACAGGCACAGCGACGUUUUAGAAUUAAGUCCAGAAGACACGGCGGCCACGGAAGAGGCCCUGCGAAGAGUGCAGGCCGAGCUGCAGCUGGAAGAACAGGGCAGUGCCAAAAAUCACCCAGUGGCGGCGUUGGUCAACGAGACAAAUAAACUGCUGGUUGAUGAAAACUCUGCUCUUCGCAACUCUUUACUCGCUCUACAUUCCGAGGUUUACGGCGCUAGACUAGCUGCAAAGUAUUUGGACAAAGAACUAGCCGGCAGAAUACAGCAGCUGCAGUUACUAGGUCGCGACAUGAAGGGAGAAGUCCGCGACAAGUUGUGGCGGCAGCUAGAGGCAGAAAUACUUCUGCACAGACACAAAACUGUCAUCAGAGCUUGCAGAAGAGGCAGGAAUGGCCCCGCGGCCGCACCAGUCGCAAAAGACAAGUCCGCCGCCUGGCACAGCCACUCUGGGGUUGGUGAGCCUCGAAGAGUGUCCAUCUCUAGAGAAGCCGACGAAGGCUUGGGAAUUUCCAUCACGGGAGGCAGAGAGCAUGGUGUGCCUAUUUUGAUAUCGGAAUUAGAACCCGAGGGUCCUGCUGCACGGACAGGUGCUCUAUACGUUGGUGAUGCAAUUUUGAGCGUGAACAGCAUUAGUUUAAGAGAUGUUAGUCAUUAUGAGGCUGUUGAGAUUUUAUCUGCGCAAGCUGGAACUGUGAGUCUAGAAGUGCAAUAUAUUGCUUCGGAGGACAGUGAUGAUGAAAACUCCCUCACUGACUUUGUUGAUGGAUUUAAAUUCAGGUUUUUUGACCAAGAAGUUAUGAUGCCUGGUGAAAAGGUCAAUUUCCAUUCCCCUAGCAAUGGUAUUAAAGAAAUCGAUGAAUUUGAAGCAAAAGCCAUGAUCAAUACUCCCACAGCACCUCGAACUCCUGAGAACGUGCUUGGUCGAGACAGUGUGGCUGACAACCUUGAAUAUUCAGAAGGUGGUUUUGAUAGUCCAGCUCAGGAACGAUCUAGUCAUGAGAGACCUUUGAGUCCCGCUCCCCCCUCAACUUUACCAUCACCCCUGCCCAACACGUCCUCACCGCCACUGUCCGGCGCAAGAUCUAUUUCCCGUCUGUCUUCAGAAUCGUCAGCGUCUUUGCUAGUGAUGGGCUCACCGGGUCGCGCUGUGCCAGUCAAACCGUCUGAGCCGCCCACACCCACCCAUAAGAAGAAAACUAAACACGAUAGUGUGGUCGAGGUUACUCCUCAUUUGGAGUACGAGUAUGGCACUCCUGUGUGAUAACUUUGUAAUGCCUUUUCUGAUCAUUUCCCUUGAUACCAUCAAUGCAUUUUAUCUAUGUCUGCUUGUGAUUUUAAUUUUUCUUGUAUAAAGAAAGUUUAUUUUUUAUUGUGCAUCACAUUUAUUGAUAGACAUUGAGCAAACUCAAUAAAGAUUAGUCUUUUAAUUGAAGAA